AGUCAAAAAGGAGCAAUGAGGAAGCCAGAGUUGAUUCCCCAUUCUAUGAGUCAGCAUCGAACAGAAAGGAUGCGGUUGAUUCGACUGUGGUAUUUUACGCGAGAAUGGAUUACUAAUUCUUCUUAGGAUUUUGGAUAAAGUGGAAAUAUAACAAUCAUGGCUUCGUUGUUGAUGAAGCCGGAGCUUCAGUCUCAAGGACUGAAACCCACAGAUGGAGUACGGGAUAUGAUCCUCAUCAGUAAUAUUGAUGAAAAUGGAAUCAAUACAAAUCUCCAAGUCAGGUAUCAGAAGAAUCUCAUAUACACCUUCACGGGUUCCAUCCUGGUCGCCGUAAACCCAUACAAGGAGAUCAAGUGCUACGACCAGAAGGACGUAGAGGCGUACAGUGGGCAGAAGAUCAGCGUUGUAGAGCCGCACGUGUUCGCUAUAGCCGAGGCGGCUUACCAGAGCCUUGUCAGCAGCCAGCUCAACCAGAGCUGUAUCAUCAGUGGAGAGAGCGGCGCGGGAAAGACGGAGACGACGAAGUUCAUCCUACAGUACCUGUGCUCCGUGACCAACCACACGUCAUUCUGGACAGAGCAGCAGAUUCUGGAGGCCAACACCGUGCUAGAGGCUUUCGGCAAUGCUAAGACAGUUCGCAAUGACAACUCGAGUCGCUUCGGCAAGUUCAUGCAGGUGUGUUUCGCCGGCACCCAGAUCAAAGGCUGCAUCGUGCAGGACUACCUGCUGGAGCAGUCACGCAUCACCUUCCAGAGCCAGCAGGAGCGGAAUUAUCACGUCUUCUACCAGCUCACCUCAGCCGCACAGGCGGUAGAAAACCGUCACGCCAUGGCCAAGGCCCUGUACUCCCGCACGUUCGCUUGGCUCGUGGACGCCAUCAACAAGUGCACCAACCCCGGCGCCCACCAGAAACACUUCAUCGGGAUAUUGGACAUCUUCGGGUUCGAGAACUUUGAGACGAACAGUUUCGAGCAGCUAUGUAUCAACUUUACCAACGAGAAACUCCAUCGCUUCUUCAACCACUAUGUGUUCGCCCUGGAGCAGGAAGCG